GCAGCCGGCGAUCAGAUCAAAACACGUAAUUUAACCACAAAACUACUUGGAAUCAAUCACAGAGAGUAUUGGGAAGAUGAUCGGAGCUGGGAAGAUGAAGCAGUACGCAAAUGUGCUCGAUAAGCCCCUUAGCAAGGGUAGACAAGAGGUCAGUUUGAGUGCAUUUGCUUACUUAUUUUCAGAGCUUGUUCAGUACAAUCAAACCCAAGUUGACAACAUUGGAGACCUAGAAAGGAGAUUGGAGGAUGCUGGCUAUGCUGUUGGGGCACGAGUACUGGAGUUACUUUGCCAUAGGGAAAAGGGCAAUAGAAGGGAGACAAGGUUGUUGGGCAUUUUAUCUUUCAUACAUAGUACAGUAUGGAAGGUUUUAUUUGGAAAGGUCGCUGACUCACUUGAGAAAGGCACUGAACAUGAAGAUGAAUAUAUGAUCAGUGAAAAGGAGCUCCUAGUUAAUAGAUUCAUUUCUGUACCAAAGGAUAUGGGAACCUUCAAUUGUGGUGCUUUUGCAGCUGGAAUAGUAAGGGGAGUCUUAGAUAACGCAGGCUUCCCAGCUGUGGUUACGGCGCAUUUUGUUCCUGUGGAAGGUCAACAGCGACCUCGGACUACCAUCUUGAUAAAGUUUGCUGAGGAGGUACUACGAAGAGAAGCAAGAUUAGGAUGAUACGGUGUUUUGGCUUGAUAUUUGCAUAUGAUAUAUGAUUGAAAUACAAGAAUCAAACAUGAAGACUUGAGACAUAGAAUUUGGCACAAUAACUUUGAUUGUUGAGGUGAUUUUAAUGUGUCAUAUUGCAAGGCCAUUUGUGUAAAUUUUAAAUUGUAUGGGUUCUUGAGAAAGAUAAGCAGAUUUUCUUUUUCUUCUUUUUGUUAACCGUUGUUGUCAAAGCCAGUCUGUGUCUAUCUCAACUAAUCUUAUGGGACCCUGAAGAUAAAGGUCAUGAAAAUUUUCAA